AUUAUUGUCAUUUGAAAUAAAGAUGUUUAUUGCAUUUAUGAACUGUUGUUGUUGUUGUAUCACAUUCAAUGUUAAGUAAUUUAAACCAAGUCUUUAAAACUUAAGUGAAAAACACUAAUAAAAUGUCUAUUAUUGGGAUUCGAGGAAUACCUCCAAAGUUAUCUUUAAUGCAAUUCAUAAGGAAAUUGGCUCACGUUUUGAACGGACAGUUCGAGGCAUUUAGCGCGACUCAUAAAACGAAGUCAAAGACGUUUUAUUUAAAAUUGUCACCAAAUUUGGAAACGCAUUCAACAAUAGAAAUUAUCAAUAAAACUAGAUUUCCAUUUCAACUGCAAGCAUUUUUGCCGAAAAAUGUCAUUAAUAUACAAAUGCCACAAAAGACCAAGAAAAUUCCAAACACAUUAAGAAAGGCUUUAAAAAUUCCACUAAAUUUCACACCCGCACAGGUAUUAUCUAUUACUCAUGAACAAAUAAUUAUGGAAAUGUUAUCAAAAUUCACCAAACUGUAUGAGCUGAGCUGCUCCACCUAUCACUUUUUAUUGAAAACGCUGUAUCAGACGGUAUAUGAAAAAUUAGAAAAAGUGCAAAGUCAAGGAGAAUUCGAUUCUUGCUACGGUUUGAGCAAGUGCUACCGGGAUCAUUAUCCUCACAGUAGCGACAUCCAGCUAAUUAAAGACAUUUACAUGAAUUAUCAGCUCCAAAUGGGUUUACCGGAAACUGAAUUGAAUGAAAAAGAGUUCUGCGAAUAUAUUGUCGAAUGCCCUGAUGAAAGCGCCUCAUGUACCAAUUUAAUGAAUUUGAGCCACAAUUACUCGUGCAAAAUAAUUUCCAAGAUCAUGGACCAUAUAAACAGCUAUGAUUUUGACAAAAAUAGACAUCCCUCGGCUGCGAUACAAGUUAGACAGCACAUAAAGAAACUAUCUCCAUUAAUGCCGCAAAUAGUAAAAUCCAUUAUGAAGAAUCAAUUCAAUAUAUCGGACAACGAAACAUUUGAACUUGUUCGGGUUUACGGUGAACCGUUUCUGCCGAACAAAAAGAUAAUGAAUCCAUUCCUAAGAAAGUUCUCAUAUAAGUCCGCAGAGAGGUCGGAGAGGAUUUACAACUUAAUAACUGUCAAAAUACCGACCUCAAACUAUUUCAAGAUAUUAAAAUCUGAUGGGACCAACAUCAUCGGAAGCAAGUUAACUAUACGGCCACUGAAUACGAAAAAGCAUAUCGCAACAUUCAGAGAAAUAAAAAUAAUGAUCUCACAAGAGAAAAAUGUCAUUGAUCAAAAGACAGUUCGAGAAGAGGAAGAGCAUAAUUAAAUAAUUGCUGUAUAA